GACCCUCAAAUCUGUAAAUUAAUUGACUAGUUGUUACUAGUUUCAUGGGGAGCUUCCGCUGAAGAAGUCCUUGGCCGUUGGGUACUCAUUGGAGUAGCAACUAACAGCUUUGUCGAAGCCUUGGAGAUGCGAUGCAUGUUCGAAUUCUCUGUUCAUCAGAUGACGACCUCGUUUUUGUGGGGAUGCUGCAUCUCUGUCUGUCUUUUUUGUCGGUGACGAGAAUCGCGAUAGCCCGUCGACGUAACUGGUCGUUUCUUUUUGUCUUUUCUUCCCUCUUUCAGUUGCUAUUUGUUUCUUUUGUCUUUCUUUUUCUAGCAUUAUUUACCAAUGAUGAAUUUAUUCAGAUUGAUGCGGGAUCUCGCGGGAUACUCCAGCUCCAGUGCCAGCCACGCAGCCCGUGGCGGGCCCAAGAACAAAGAAACGUUGGAGGGGCUGGUGGUCACUAACGCAGCUAAACUCCAGACCAGCUGCUGCCGAUACAUCGAUCCCCCAAGGAGGAAAGCAGAGUGGUGAGAUCCUUACGAUGCGCAUGGUCUGGUACAACACCAUCGUUCAUCUUCCCUCAUGGGGAUCGAACUAGCCAAUGCUUGCC